AUGGCGGCUUUCAAAGCACACGUGGAUUUGUUUCGGUUUCUUUUGCUUUGGUUUGUUGUGCAAGUGCACGUGGGAUUCCCAGGCGUGGUAUCGGGCAACGAAAUUCUUGAACUAAAUGCAAAUGCGUUCGAUGAACUGUCACGUGAAAACAAGUGCAUUGUGGUACUUUUCUAUGAAGGAGAUUGUGAAAAUUGUAACAACAUUGUUGCUGAGUUGGUGAAGGUGUCGGUGCCCACUGUUACAGACCUAAAAGUUGGCAAGAGUAAAGACAAAACUCUGUCUGGUCGAUUUGGUGUCACAGAAUUUCCCAGCGUGCUGUAUCACCGCAAAGGUCACCCGAUCCUGUAUGAUGGGGAGGUAAGCGGGGAUGAGUUAUCAAUCUGGCUGGAGGCUGCUCAAGAGGUAUCCACCCAGCUGCUGACCUCUGACACGUUUGAGCACCUGACACAAGCGGCCACAGGGGCGACCACUGGAGACUGGUUUGUCUGCUUUUACAAGCCGUCUUGUGAGAAUAUCUUGGCUAUGAUGGACACAGUUGCAUUUAGGAUGAAGCAGCGUAUGAAUGUGGCCCGUGUAGAUCUGACGGAAAGUCCCGAGUUGGAGAAGAGAUUCAGCAUCCAACAUUGCCCCACGGGAAUUCUAUUUCGUCACGGAAAAAUGUACAGAUUUCCGCCAGGGAAAUUCAGUGUAAAGCUCAUCAUGUCUUUCCUGGAGUCGUGGUACAAAAAUGUUCAGGCCGAAGUUGUGAAGCCAGAACCAUCACCGUUUGACAACCUGGUUGAAACUAUUGUGGAAUACUUAAAAAUAUACCUGGAGGGACCAUGGGGAAGUUGGAUGAAAAUAGGCUUUGUUUGUUUUGUUUUGAUUCUGCUCAUACUGAUCUGGAUCCUCCGACGAGCUCAACCCACACACAGAACCAGCACUCGACCCAAGACUGAUUAGUUAUUACGUUUCAUGACACAAAAAAAAAAGAAAAAAAAAUUUGUGGAGUGGAGAAAAAACAAAGGUGCUAGUUAUCUCCCCUUAAUCCACAUCUCUCAGUGUGUAGGAAGUAGAGUUUUCAAAACUCUCAGGCUGAAGGGAGGAAAGUACUGUGGAUGUCGUGUAGUUUUUCACGACGCAAAACCCCAAGCACUUCAGACAUAUAGUUUUUCUCCUCUAAACCAAGAGACCCUACUCACCCAGAAAAGGAAUGCAUGAUUUAUUGUGGCAAAGCAGGUCAGUUACCUCCCCUGUGUCUGCUGUGUUGAAGGGGAGCAUUUGUGAUGAUUUUUGAGUUGUAUCAGUAGCUUAUCGAGGGAAGGAAGUUCUAAAUUCUGUAAUGACUGAGUAGUGAUCGAUUUUUAGGCAAAAAAGAAAGAAAAACUUUGGGUGUCAGAAUUCAAAUUUAACAGUAGUUGCCAGGAGCCACUUGUCUCCCCUUGUUUGCUCAUGUAUGAAAUUUUGUGGAGUUAACAUUCGUUGAAAGGAAAACAUUUGCCAUGUUUUUCUACUCUAAACCACGAGAUUUGACUAGACUCAAGAAAUGAUGGAUCAUCUACUAUGGUCAAGCUAUGAAUUAAUAGCAUGGAGCAAGGGAGAGGGAAGGGGAGAUUCAUUCACACUGGUGUCCACCAGGCCCAUAGGACGGAUGCUUGCCACAGUGAAUUAUUUAUUAUGGUCAAACAAAUAUCGUGGUACUAUCCAGCUGGGGCCAGUUACCUCCCCUUAGUCCACACAGUUGAAGUGGAGCUUUAUUAUAGUGAUCCGGAGCUGUGAGAGAGGGAAAGAAUUGACCUGAACUGUUUAAUGGCUGAUUAUUAAUUUGUUUAUAAUACAAUGAAAACAAUAAAUAUGUGCAUAAAACUGUAUACAGAUGUGAAAAAACAAUGAGCAUUAGUAGGUCAAAGUCGGUUAUCUCCCCUUAGUACACAUGCUUGAAAUCUGGACAUGGGUUUUAAGGGAAAAAUUUGUGACGUGUUUUUCUAUUCUAAACCAAGAGAUAACUCAAAAA